AUGCUGCGGGUCCCCAGGGGAGUGUCCCCCUCCCCGGGGAGGGGGGGUACCGCCCUCCCGCCUCCCCACCGCCACCCGAAGAAGGUCAUGUCAGUGAUGGUCUCCUGUGAUCCGGGGGCUCCCAGCCUGGGCAGCCCCCCGUUAUCCGCAGGCUGUUUCACCCAGGUCUACACGCCAGCGGCUGUCAGCGCCCCCGCUUUGCGGGGCGGGUGCCUCUGUGACACCCCCCAAGGUCUCGAGCUCAGGACCCUCUGUUCGGCCUCGGCGGGACGGCUGCCGGCCAAGAGGAAGCUGGACCUGGAGGGCCCUGAAUUUCGGACGCCCAAGGGGAAGGGCUGGACACUGGCACAGGUCCCCAGCCCCAGGACCCCCAAGUCUCCUGGGGAGAAGACUCGCUACGACACCUCACUGGGGCUGCUCACCAAAAAAUUCAUCCAUUUGCUGAACGAGUCUCCCGACGGUGUUGUGGAUCUGAACCGAGCUGCCGAGGUGCUGGAGGUCCAGAAGCGUCGCAUCUACGACAUCACCAAUGUACUGGAGGGCAUCCAGCUCAUCCGCAAGAAAUCCAAGAACCACAUCCAGUGGAUGGGGACAGGGAUCUUUGAGGAUGCAGCAAUGGUGGCGAAGCAACAAGUGCUGCAUGAGGAACUGGCCGAACUGACUAGGACAGAGAGGAUGCUGGACCAGCUCGUGCAGGACUGUGCCCUGCAGAUCCAGCAGCUGGCUGACAAUGAGUCCAACCAGAGGCUGGCAUAUGUCACCUACCAGGAUCUCCGUGCCAUCAGCAGCUUCCAGGAGCAGACGGUGAUUGCCGUGAAGGCUCCCCCUGAGACGCAGCUGGAGGUGCCAGACUUCAGCAAGGAGAACUUUCAGCUCUACUUGAAGAGCACCAACGGCCCCAUCGAGGUGUACCUCUGCCCAGAGGAGAUCAUGGAGGAAAGCCCCAACAAGGACCACCCUGUACCCUCUGCUGUCACUUCCCCACAGGACCACUCUGUACCCCUUUGCCUGACAAACAGCUCCCCAUCAGCCACACAGCCACUCCACCCCAUCUCCCAGAGCUGGGGCAGCACAGGAACUCCUCUCUCACCCCCAUCUCUGCCUCUCCCAAUCCAGGGGGGACCCAGCUCACUGCUGGAGAUGGAGCCUGGGCUCCUGGGCUCCCCUGCCCACCUUCUGCAGCAGACAGAGGAUCAGCUGCCGUACACCCCCUCCCACCUGGAGCUGGGACCCUUCAUUGCUUUCUCGCCCCCCCUGGAAGAGGAUGACUAUCUCUGGGGGCUUGAGGGCGAGGGUGUAACAGACCUCUUUGAGACAUAUGACCUGGGAGACCUGCUGAAGCACUGAGUGUCCUCCAGUCCCCAUUGCCUUUGUUCCCUCCGGCCACUUGUGUCCUGAGCAUGUGGAAUCUGUGGGGUGACUGGAGAGAUUGGGGUAUGUUGGGGAGUACUGGGUUUUCUGAGGAUUGGGGGGAGAGGGGCCUUGUGUUGCUCACCCAGUGUGGCUUCUCUGCACUUUCCUGGGUUGGUUGUCACCUCACUGGGCUCUGAGAGUGCCUUGUGAUCCAUCCAGGACCCAUUCCAGCAUCCCCCAAUAAAUCCAUGGGGCACCGAUUCCCACCAUAAGCUCCCACCACCCUGGGCAUGCUGGUAGACUGGGAGUGCCUUUGGGUGCCCCACAUGGGUUAGGGGUGCCCUUGGGUGGCAGAGAAACUUCGUCCCAGAAUGGGCUGUGUCAUGGUUUGGGGUCAUUCCAGUUGCUCCUCAGUUAAACUGCUUCUUCACAGUCACAACAGGUCAUUUCCAGUGGCAUUUUCCCCACCACGGCUGGAAUAGCCUUAAAAAACCAUUGAGGCAGCAAAGCUGAAGUCAUCUUUGGAUGAGGGAAGGAUGAAGCUCUGGCAAAUCUCUAGCCUCAUUUGGAGCCAUAUUCCCUGAGGGGCUGCAGCCCCUCUGCCCCAGUGCACACCAGCUCCCUCCAGCCUCUUGGAGUUGCUGGUGCUGGCAGUAUCAAAACUGGAAUGUACUGGGAACAGGUAUGCCUGGGGGAGGCAGAGAGGGGCUUGGGAAACAGCUUGGGACAAGCCCUGGGACAUGGGGUAGGA